AUGGACAUGCGCGCCCUAUCCCGCGGCCUCCUCCGGGCGAAGCCAACCACGACCCUCUACAAGAGCCAGCAGCAGCAACAGCUCCUCCCAGCACGAAUUGGCCUACGCUUCUCUUCUGACGCCUCCUCCUCUUCCUCCUCUUCUUCCACCCCAUCCAACAAGAACAACACAACUACACAACCCCCGACCCGCCAAACACAACAACCCUCCUCAUCCCCAUCAACGUCCCAAAAACCCACCGACUUCGACCAAAUCCUCAACAAGCUCAACUUCAACAACACCAACACCACCACCACCCCCACACCCGGCAGCAAUGCGGCAGCUACGCCCGGCAGCACCACCCGCGCCUUCAACGACAGCCUCUCGCUCUCGCGCGCGGUAGGCCUCUCCGCCGAAACAGACGGCCUGCGGACGGCUACAUCCCUGCGCAAGAUCGAUCUGAAGCUGGGCCCGACGCUGGGAAGACAGGUGACGGUUGAGCCGGAGCGCGGGAUGGAUUUGCCGGCGGCGUUGAGGUCGCUGAGCACGACUAUUAGUCAAAAUAAGAUGAAGCAGUCGUUGAUGAAGCAGAAGUAUCAUGUGCGGAAGGGUAUGGUGCGGAAGCAGCUCAGGAUGCAGAGGUGGAGGAAGUUGUUCAAGUUUUCGUUUCAGGCGACGGUUAAGAGGAUUCAGAAGAUUCGGGGGCAGGGGUGGUAG